AUGUCUGCCACCACCGCUACUGAACCAACCGCGACUUUGGAUAGUCGUGACCAAGAAACAUUGAAAACGCUAUUGGAAACCCCUGUCAGCUCCCUGUCGUUACUCAGCACACAACUUGCUAGUGUGCAAGGGGACACGCCUUCCGCAUUGGCCGCUAGGGCAAUAGAAUUGAUUCACACCUGGUCAACGGAAGAUAAAGCUGCAUUUAUACAUGGGCAUCCUCGUAUCGGAGAACAAUCCAAUUUAUCAGCAUUAUCGGCGGCAGAACAGGCAAAGUAUGCCACCCCUCCUGAAGUCUUGGAGCGACUGCGAGUCUUGAACAUAGAGAGACAUUUAUGCAUGGCACUCAUCCAAGUCUCUAGCAUAACCUUUGUGGCUGGCCGAACUCGAGCACAAAUAGUACAAGAGAUGGAAGAAUCAAUGGAACUUAAAGAGAACCGUCAGCCUAAUAGUGAAACUCCAGCGCCCCUUGGUCCUGGAGAUGAACAGUGGGAGGCAGAACUCAAGAGGGCAAUUGAUGAUAUUGGGAGGAUAGCAAAUGAUAGAGCUUCCAAAGACAAGCUAGGGAAAUGGCUACAAAACUCGGUGACCGGACGUGCGGUCAAGCGCCACGAUGACGAAUACUUUCCAUACGACGAAUAG